AUGUCGGAAUCCAGAACAGGGAUGACACAAGAAACUGCCAUUAAUCUUCUACAAACCUUACGACAAGUAAUUAAUGCUUUAGGUGGCUUUGUGUGUACUUAUUUUGCAUCAGACCCAGAUGUAGAUGGCAAUGCUCGUCCAAAUGAGCGAAGUCAGCCCCGGGCUCAUCCACAGCCUCUACAGCCUCUGCAGACUCAACGCUUGGGGCCAGUCAUCAGGCCACCGCCUCCAGUUACCAGGCCACCGCCUCCAGUUACCAGGCCACCGCCUCCAGUUCUAGUCAGGACCAGACCAGGCCUAGGGCAAGACGAGGCUGGUACCAGUACAUUUAGACCUGCCAGUGCAACUCCUCGCAGAUGCUUGGCACUUCAAGAACAUAGUCGCCUAUUUCGGCAUGCCCAUUCAUCUCUUCCACCACCCAAAAAAAGAAAGACCAGUACGUUCGGCCGAAUUGUGCUGUGCUUGCCAGGAUGCAACUCCGAGCAUGUCCCUACCAAAGAGGAGAAAGCAAUCCUCAAGAACAAUGGCCUGGGGGAAGUAUUGAUUAGCUUUGAGACAGGUGGUGAUAGUGCACAUGUCCAAGAUCAGAUCCUAAGUGCAUUUCAGAAAGAUGAGUUACAUCAUGGUUUUGAGAUAAUGACGGUCAGAACUAAGUCCAGGACAGCAUUACAAGUAGUGCAUUCGGGGCCUUGCAAUGCGCAAGACCUUAAACUCAUCAGCACACAGAAGGUCUACAUACGCCCGAUUCAGCAAGAUAUCAACAUAGAAUCAGAUGGACCACCUGCAACAGAUCAUGAGCUACCCUGUUGCAAAUGUGGAGCCCUCAUUCAUACAAGCAAACUAAGAGAACACAGCGAACUAUGCAACUAUGAGGAAACCCAAGAAGAUGAUCAACGUCCAUCUCUAUCUGACUGUGACAGUGUGGAUUUACAAGCUAACAUUGAAGUUCCAUCAGAUGAGGAUCUACCCUCUGUGUUUGAAGUUCCACCACUGGCAAUAUCAUCUCUAACGGAAGAAUGUAAGUCAGAUGAAGAGGAGUUGGCAAGAAUCCUCACCAUACUGAAAGAAGGCUUGUCUGAGCAGACAGACAUUGGGCAAGUCAUCCACCAGUUUCGGAGCAUUUAUCUCAACGGAAGGAGAUUAAACCUACCAGAAGAUAUUGCAGACAUGGAUGCUUCCAUGCAAGGAGACACCUACCUCCUUCACAUCUCCCGCUAUGACAUCUUCCAAGGCAUGGUGGAUGAGUUUUCAGCUGCCGCAUAUAGGCCUCGUCUCCCCCUCGAGAUACAGUUCAUGGGGGAGAGGGGCCAGGACCUUGGAGGCCUCCGCAAGGAGUUCCUCCGUCUGGCACUGCAAGAGGUUCACGAAAGACUGACGCAAGGUCCAGACAGGGACAGGGUGCUUGUGACUGAGCCUGAGCAAGCUACCAGAUUUUGUCAGCAAAAGGCCUUUCUGGCAGCGGGAAUACUCAUGGGACAAUGCAUACUUCAAGAUGGCCCGUCACCUAACUUCUUGGAAUCCGGGCUUGCUGUUCGGCUGGUAGAGGGGACAUGCGACGCCCACUCUGAGCAGCAGCUUCACAAAGGGUUGUGCCUGACGGGAGUUGUACAACUCAUGAAGACUUUUCCGCAGUGCAAGGAACUUCUGCACGGUGGAGAGGACACUAAGCUGACAGCAGCAGCGCUGCUGAGCUCAUUUGAGGUUAAAUUUGCUGAACCCGGCUCAAACAGGAGACGUCAGGAGGAAGCAGUAUUCAGCCAUUUUGUGAGAUAUGUCCGGGAAGUUGAAGCUGGUAGCCAUCACUGCAAUAGUGAUGAAGAAUUGAUGACCCUGGAGCAAAUAAUCAUAUUUGUGACGGGAUUGUCACAUGUGCCCGUUUGCGGUUGGCAGCCCCCGCUGACGAUAACCUUUUUCAAACCACCUGUAAUGGGGAUUGGAGCCUCGACAUGCAGCCACGAGCUCCAGUUGCCCAUUCCAUACCAAGCCACAGAAACUCUUCCUUCCAGGGAUGAAUUGUUCCAGCUAUUCGAUAAUUCGUUUCCAGACCAGUUCUUUGGGAAUGCUUAA